AUUCCUCUCUUCACUUCCUUUCGACCUACAAUUUUGUUUAUAGGUGCUACGGUUGCUCCAAUUCUUAAUACUCUUCAUUCUUUUUCAUCACAUUUUGCCGCCGUGCCCCAAAUACGCCACAAUGGGGUUUGUAGAAGACGAACUCAAGCACCUGCGCGAGGUGAUCAGCGGCCUCGAUUCGCGCAUCAAGCAGCUCGAGCAGCGCACCACAGGAGCCGCUCCAAUUAGCACAGAGAGUCUUCGGAUGAUUCUUAUUGGGCCUCCAGGAGCUGGCAAGGGAACCCAGGCACCAAAGAUUAAAGAGCGCUUUUCCUGCUGCCACUUGGCUACCGGUGACAUGUUGCGGUCACAGGUGGCCAAGAAGACACCUCUCGGACGAGAAGCAAAGAAAAUUAUGGACCAAGGUGGCCUUGUCAGUGACGAUAUUGUCAUUGGCAUGAUUAAGGAAGAGCUCGAGAACAACAAGGAAUGCCAAGGCGGAUUCAUUCUUGACGGCUUUCCUCGUACGGUGCCUCAGGCCGAAGGCCUCGAUGCCAUGCUCAAGGAGCGUGGCCAGACCCUCCAACACGCCGUCGAGCUCCAAAUUGACGACGCUCUGCUUGUUGCCCGAAUUACUGGUCGAUUGAUCCACCCGGCAUCUGGCCGCUCUUACCACACGACUUUCAACCCCCCCAAGGAGGCUAUGAAGGACGAUGUGACCGGAGAGCCUCUUAUUCAGAGAAGUGACGACAACGCCGAGGCUCUCAAGAAACGUCUCGGUACUUAUCACAAGCAAACUGCCCCUGUAGUUGGAUACUACCAAAACAACGGCAUCUGGAAGGGUCUUGAUGCCAGUCAGCAACCCGGUGAGGUGUGGAAGAAUAUGUUGGAUAUUCUAGAAGGAAAGAAAUCUCAUGGCUCUUCCGUCUUCAGCAAAAUUGCUGGAAAGAGCUAAGCUACCAAAAAGUAUUAUACCCUGUAUGCUUUGAUACAUGGGAGUAUGAGUAUGCUCAGUUGGCUGCGCCUACUACUAUAAACCUAUUAAUUUUUCUCUCUCGAGCUUCUAAUUUUAGAAAAUAGCUCUGGGGCAAAAGCAUUUUUUGCGAGAUAUG